UCAUCUAAUAAAAUACGUAAAGUGUCAGGUUUCUCUGUUGCAGGGGAGCUAUCGGCUUUUUCUAAGCUUCGUCUCCUUUCCUCCUCACUGUUUCAAUGUUCCAAUCACUGUGUCUUUCUCCCCAUCAUCAGGGCACCAUCCACAAAUAAGUAAUUCAGCAGCUGAAUUGUCAACUGCUUAGACACUCUGUCCACAAACAUAUUCCCCAGUCAGAAAUAACUGAGGCUGGAACGUAAAAUUACAAAGAGUUUUAGAUGGAAGAAAACGGACAAGGCGAAAGACUUUCUCCCCCCAGCACACUGAAGGGAAUGUUAACCAUUUAGGGGAUAAAAAUACAAAAAGACUCACACAGGCUCCAACUCCCUUUGAUACAAGGGAAUUGUUCGUGUAAAGGGGAAGUCUGUAACUUUCGAUAGACGGGUGCUGACUACAGAAACUGAUGGAGGGCAGAGUCAAGAACUUUUUGAUUUCGCAAAAAACACGAUGCGAGUUGAAAGUUGCAGACUUCUAGCGUACAACACUCUUGGUAAAAUAUUCAUGUCGAUAGUGUAUUUCCCAAAGCAACGUGAAUGGAAGUCAUUUCCGUGUCGCGCCUUUUCUCUGCUGACAGACAAACAAAAGUUGGACUUCUCCUCCUGUCAAUGAGCAGCUUCCCAACUUUAAGCUGCAUUCAAAGUUCAGCUAUAACACUGUUCCUCACGAUCACUGUUCCACCGACUUUAAAUACAUGGUAAUCAAACUACCCCUAAAUUAGGAAGAAGAAUGAAACUUUCUAAUGUAGUUGAGCUUCUGCAAAGCAGCUUGGUAUGGGAAGCAGGAAGCCAAUCUCCGUACAUUACGCACACCCUGCCUCAUAACUGGUUGGAAGCGUAAUUUAGCCCACUUACCUCAACAGUCCUGGACGAGAAGAUCUGAGAGAUGGCAGACAAGGAACUUUCUAGAGUGAGAUUGAACUUUGUGGGGAAAGUGUCCAAAGGAGUUUUGAAGGAUUUGCUGGAUGGCCUUCUUGAAGAUGGUGUCUUGAACGAAGGAGAGGUAGAGUCAAUACUUGAAGAAAAUAGUACGAAAAAGGACAAAGCUCGUGCCCUCAUUGACAGUGUGAGGAUGAAAGGCUCUACUGCCAGCAGGAAGAUGAUUGUUCGACUUGAAAUCAUUGAUCCGACACUUCACUCUGAACUGGGUUUGUCCUGUGGCCAGCUGGCUCAGCCAGAUGGAAAACCCCAGAAGGAUGAGGGGUCAUCUUUCACACCCACCUCGUCUAUUGAAUCGUUUUGGAAGACCAGUCAGAAUGAUCCAGAUACUUACCCAGUGACCAAAACUGCCUUCGGAAAUCGAGUGGCCCUGCUGAUCACUAACAUCAAGUUUUCUGUUGAGAGACUGAACAGAAAUGGGGCUGAGAGAGAUGAGGAAAACAUGGAGAAACUGCUCUCAAGCUUUGGCUAUGAAGUAGUGAAACACAGAAACCUCAGCGCAAAGGAAAUUGAUGAUGCCAUCAUGAAGUUCUCUAAGCAUCCCAAACUAAGAGAGACAGACAGCGUGUUUGUGGUGAUCAUGUCUCACGGGAAGCUUGGCGCGGUUUGUGGUGUUGAGUCGGAGGUUGAUGGAGAGGACGAUUUUCCGAUCAACAGAAUUUACGACCACCUGAGCCCACAGAAAUGCACGGCUCUGCUGGACAAACCUAAGGUCAUCAUCAUCCAGGCCUGCAGGGGAGGAGAGAAAGGGGGUGUCUUAGUAGGCGAUAGCAUCAACCAGCCUGUUGCUGAGGAAGACUUUGAGGAUGACACUCUGAAGUUUGUUCACAAAGAAAAAGACUUCAUUUCGCUUCUGUCCAGCACUCCUGAUACUGUGUCAUACAGACAUACACAUUUGGGGUCUCUCCUCAUCCAGUACAUUAAUGAAGUUUUCAAUGAAAGUGCCUGCAAAGAUCCUAUUCAAGAGCUUUUCAGGAAAGUCAUGCUUCGCUUUGAAAGCUUCCAAAACACAAACAAACUACAAAUGGCGACCGUAGAUAGAUGCACAUUAACAAGGCACUUCUACCUUUAUCCAGGCCUUUAAACACAUCUCAGUAAUCUCUGGU